AUGAAGCGAGUCAAUUGGGCUCGCUUGCGUGAGAUGGGAUAUGCUAUUUCAUCUACAGUUACCAAUAAAACCAUGCUGAUUUAUGUCUUCGAAUCACUAGUCCUACAUACUGACACUGAGAAAAGAGGAUAUCACAGUAGUGAACACAAUGUAUUCCGUGGGACCGCCAAUAGCUAUGGAGCCCAAAUGCUCAGCCAUGACUUUACCGAAGGGCUCGCACGAGAACUGGUAUUUGAUCUUGGUGGGCAUCGAGUAUAUGGCAUGACUUUCAGCAACUGGAUAUUGCUGAUGUCUCUCCAUAAAUGUGCACGCACCAUAUGGUUUGGGACCCUCCGCCUGCACUGUCUCAUGUGGGCUACGGAGAGAUGGCGGUCGAGAGGGUUGAGAGGAGUGAGGAGAGAGGAAGAAGAGAAGAGGGGGAAGGGUGGGAUGAGGCCUUUUAUAAGGUCACGUCCCACGUACCUUCCCAAAAUGGACGGGCAUGGUGUUGGCCUGGUUGCCUUAGGCCUCCUUGAUAAUAUGAGACAUCAUCCUGUCUUCUAA